AUCCCAGCCCCCUAGCAGUCCUAGUUUGGAUGUGAGUUACGACCUGCUCAUCUCCCUCUUCAAUUCCACUCACUGGACUGUCUCUGCUUAGGCCGCUGAGAGGGGAGGUCAACUUUCCAAAAGCCAAGCCAGCCUCGUGCAGGAGACAUUAGAAAGCAGGACCUACCUGUCCAUCUAGGGCAUCUGCCUCUCGUGAGCCUGGACCAUGGGCAACGUUGUGGAGGGCAAGUCGGUGGAAGAGCUGAGUAGUACCGAAUGCCAUCAGUGGUACAAGAAGUUCAUGACGGAGUGCCCCUCUGGCCAGCUCACCCUCUACGAAUUCCGCCAGUUCUUUGGCCUCAAGAACCUGAGCCCCUCAUCCAGCCAGUAUGUGGAACGGAUGUUCGAGACCUUCGACUUCAACAAGGAUGGCUACAUUGACUUCAUGGAGUACGUUGCCGCCCUCAGCCUGGUCCUCAAGGGCAAGGUGGAACAGAAGUUGCGCUGGUAUUUCAAGCUCUACGAUGUGGACGGCAACGGGUGCAUAGACAAAGACGAGCUGCUCACCAUCAUCCGGGCUAUCCGAACCAUUAAUCCCUGGAGCGACUCAUCCAUGAGUGCUGAGGAAUUCACAGAUACCGUGUUUGCCAAGAUCGACGUCAACGGGGAUGGGGAACUGUCUCUGGAGGAGUUCAUGGAAGGCGUCCAGAAGGACCAGAUGCUCCUGGACACGCUGACUCGAAGCCUGGACUUGACCGGCAUCGUGCGUAGACUCCAAAACGGCGGCGACCAGGAGGAGGCAGACGCUGGCGACAUGGCAGCGGAGGCUGCCGGUUGAACCUCAUCCUGUGGCUUCUGCAUGCUGAGGGCUGGCCCCGUGCGGUGCCUGGUGUGGUUGUGCUGUUCUUGUCUUAAUAUUACAUAGAACCUCCUGAA